AUGGCACAAGUACUAGCCCACACCCUCUUCGGGAUCCCCGCGACGCAGAAAGCGGCCAUUAAGAGCGGCCUGACGGCGCCGAUCAAGGAGAUCGCGGUGCCUGAGCUGCAGGCGGGCCAGAUCCUCGUCAAGAUCAGCUGGACGGGGCUCUGCCACUCGGACAUCGGCUUCCUGCGCGACUACUGGCCGGCGUUCGGCAGCGACGUGCUGGUGGCGGAGAAGGCCAACGGCGUGUGCGGGCACGAGGGCGCGGGCGCCGUCGUGGCCGUCGCGCCCGACGUCGCGGACCUGUGGCGCGUCGGCGAGCGCGCGGGCAUCAAGUGGUGCGCCAGCGUGUGCCGCCGCUGCGAGUUCUGCUCCAACGGCGCCGACGAGCUGCACUGCCCGGCCCAGCUCAACUCGGGCCUGACGACGCCGGGAACCUUCCAGCAGUACGUCGCUACCGACGCGCGCUACGCGACGCGCCUGCCCGACGCCGUUGCGGAUGAGGAAGCUGGCCCCCUCAUGUGUGGAGGUGUCACGGCCUAUGUGGCCUGUAAGCGAAGCGGGGUCCGGCCAGGGCAGUGGAUUGUGCAUCUCGGAGCUGGUGGUGGAUUGGGCCAUCUCGGCGUGCAGUACGCUAGGGUCAUGGGUAUGCGGAGCAUAGCCGUUGAUGUGGGUCCGGAGAAGGAGGAGCUCUGCAAGAAGUUGGGCGCCGAGGUCUACAUCGACGCGUUGAAGUGCGAGGAUUUGACGGCGGAAGUCACGAAGAUUACGACCUACGGAGCUCAUGGCGCCAUUGUGUUCGCCCCCAACAAGCAGAGCUAUGACGUUGCUCCUUAUCUGCUGCGCCCUGGUGGAACCAUGGUGGCUGUAGGCUUUCCUAAAGACUCGACGGUCAUGGCUGGCGCGCCGCCUACUGUUGUUGCGAUGAGAAAGCUCAACAUCGUGGGAAGUGUGACUGGCACGCUGAAGGAAGUCGAAGAGAUGCUUGACUUCACAGCGAGAGGACUCGUACAUCCGAUCCUGACGAAGGGUAAGCUAAGUGAGCUUGACAAGUACGUCAACCUUGUUGUUGAAGGGAAGCUGCAAGGCAGGGCGGUUCUCAAAGUAGAUGAAUAG